CGGAGAAACAUGACAUGGGGAUGAGCAAGAGGGAGGGAGGGAGUGAGACAGCCUGGUAGGAAUAAACGGUUCGUCAGAGGUCUGGACUGAAAACGUUAUGAUGGGGACCAAUGACUGAAAACGCAACGGGCUCUCCGCAUUCCCAGAGUCUUCCUUUCCUUUGCUGCCACUGAAGCCAUGGACUAGAGCUGCACCUGGUCCUGACGGUCCUGUGGUCAUCAGAUGGCUUCUCAACACCUGUCAGCGAAAAUACAGAACAUGAGAACGUGAAGGCUGGCGUCCACCAAGGCCACCGCUGCACCUUGGGCAGCACACACACAUGCUCACAUGACUCUGGACAUGGACGCGGUCCUGUCAGACUUUGUUCGGUCCACGGGGGCAGAACCAGGUCUGGCAAGAGACCUGCUGGAAGGUAAAAACUGGGACCUCAGUGCUGCUCUAAAUGACUAUGAGGAGCUAAGGCAGGUCCAUACUGCCAACCUGCCGCAGGUCUUCAACGAGGGCCGCUACUACAAGCAGCCAGAGACGCGUGACACGCCCACCCAUGUCAGCAAGAUUGACAAGCCAUGUGCCCAGAAGCAGGAGGACAAUGCGCAAGAGAAGCGUCUGUCCCGCGGGAUCUCCCAUGCCAGCUCUGCUAUCGUCUCCCUGGCGCGGCUGCAGGUGGCCAAUGAGUGUACUAGCGAGCAGUUCCCUCUUGAGAUGCCCAUUUACACAUUCCAGCUACCAGACCUCAGCGUCUACAGCGAGGACUUUAGGACCUUCAUAGAGAGAGAUCUGAUAGAGCAGUCCACCAUGAUGGCUCUGGAGCAGGCUGGUCGUCUGAACUGGUGGUCCACCAUGUGCACUAGCUGUAAGAAGCUGCUUCCUCUGGCCACCACAGGGGAUGGGAACUGCCUUCUGCAUGCCGCUUCUUUGGGGAUGUGGGGUUUCCAUGACAGAGACUUGAUGUUGAGGAAAUCUCUGUACACCAUGAUGAAGAGUGGAGCGGAAAGAGAUGCUCUGAAGAGAAGGUGGAGGUGGCAGCAAACCCAGCAGAACAAGGAGUCUGGGUUGGUGUACACUGAGGAGGAGUGGGAAAGAGAGUGGAACGAGCUGUUAAAGUUGGCCUCCAGUGAACCUCGCACUCAUCUCAGCAAAAAUGGGAACACAAGUGGAGGGGUGGAUAACUCUGAGGAUCCAGUCUACGAGAGUUUGGAGGAGUUCCAUGUGUUUGUGCUGGCCCAUGUAUUGCGCAGGCCGAUUGUAGUGGUAGCUGACACGAUGCUCAGAGACUCAGGAGGAGAAGCUUUUGCUCCCAUCCCAUUUGGAGGGCUAUACCUGCCGCUGGAGGUGCCUCCCAGCCGCUGUCACUGCUCCCCCCUGGUCCUGGCCUAUGAUCAGGCUCACUUCUCCGCACUGGUGUCCAUGGAGCAGAGAGACCAGCAGAGAGAGCAAGCUGUUAUCCCUCUGACUGACUCGGAGCACAAGCUGCUGGCGCUCCAUUUUGCUGUAGACCCUGGCAGGGACUGGGAUUGGGGGAGGGACGACAAUGAUAAUACCAAGCUAGCCAAUCUUAUCUUGUCUCUGGAGGCCAAACUCAACCUGCUGCACAACUACAUGAAUGUAACAUGGAUCCGAAUCCCAUCUGAAACAAGGGCUCCCUUGGCUCAGCCAGAGUCUCCCACAGCCUCUGCAGGUGAGGAUGUCCAGUCUCUCGCUGAAUCAAUGGACUCUGACCGUGAGUCUGUCGGCAGCAAUUCUAACGUCAACACUGGCAAGCCAAGCAAGGAGAAGGACAAAGAAAAGCAGCGAAAAGACAAGGACAAGAGCCGGGCUGAUUCUGUAGCCAACAAACUAGGAAGCUUCAGCAAAACACUGGGUAUCAAGCUAAAGAAGAAUAUGGGAGGUCUAGGUGGCCUUGUGCAUGGCAAAAUGAACAAAUCGAACUCUGGCUCAGGUCGUAAUGGGGAGAACGGAGGGGAAAAGGCAAAAAAGAAGGAAUCCAAGGCAACCAAGGGAAGCAAGGAGGAGUCGGGCCAAUCUACAAGCUCCACUUCCUCUGAGAAGGCCACCAGUCCUUCCCCUACAGACAGAGAUAGACCGUCCAGCUCAUCCCCAACUGAGAGACAGGAUAGUUCAGGGAGAAGCUCGGGGGACAAGACCUUGGAAAACUGGAAAUACAGCACAGAUGUCAAGCUCAGUCUCAACAUCCUGCGGGCUGCCAUGCAGGGAGAACGCAAGUUCAUUUUUGCAGGGCUUCUGCUCACCAGCCAUCGACACCAGUUCCAUGAAGAGAUGAUCAGCUACUAUCUGACAAACGCCCAAGAGCGGUUCAGUCAGGAGCAGGAGCAGAAGAGGAAGGAGGCCGAAAAGAAGCCCCCUGCCGCUAAUGAGGUGGCUGUAAAGAACCCUGAGAAUGAGAGUGUCUUCCAGAGGGAAACAUCAGACAGCUCACCUCCAGAGAGCUGCUCUCCCAUCCUGCCCCAUCACACCUACAACAACUCACAGUCUCUGCUUGGUCUCAAGAUGCAGGGCAGAAACAGUCCUACUCCUGCAGCCCCUCUUGUUUCUGUCCCAGUCCCUCCUCUCACCCCGCCAAUAGCUCCGCACCAUGUCUCUCACCCGGCCCCAACCCCAGCACCUUACUCCUCCCCUAGUAUUGGUGCUAAGAGAACUGGGCCUGUUCCUGUGUCUGCCCACUACAGCCAUACACCCCCCAUCCAAAGGCACAGCGUGAUUCACUUACAAGAUGUCAACAUGCAAUCCUCCAUCUUCCAAGAUGAACCCUAUAAACCUGUGGUAGGCACUCUAAAGACGUGCGCCACCUAUCCCCAGCAGAACCGCACACUCUCAUCCCAGAGUUACAGUCCUGCACGCCUGUCAGGGGUCCGCACUGUUAACACCAUGGAAACCCUGGCCUACAACAUGCCUGGCGAACACAAGUCCCACACUUACACAAAUGGAUUCAAUGCGGGAGACAUUCAGGACUGCCUUGAGUUUGCUGAUGAGGACAACUCGUCUCACACCUGGCUCAACCAAGACAAAACCAAAGGGCGGAGCUCUGGAAGCCCUUUGUACUGCUUUCAGCAGCGUCGCUGCAAGAGGGAGAACUGCUCCUUCUACGGGAGGCCAGAGACAGAAAACUACUGUUCAUACUGCUACAGAGAGGAGCUUAAACGCAGGGAGAGGGAGAGCAAAAUGCAGAGGCCUGUAUAGCCAUCACUGCUACUUCAGCCACAACACGGCCACAAGAGACUUGAGGGAAUAACACCAUCUGCGCUCUGCAUUUUGAAUUACACAAAAGCAAACAUUUCCCAGUUGUUUUUGUUUCUUUUUCUUUUUCUUUUUUAAAGAAUGCUCACGUGUUCCCAUCACCCUUCCCUUGUUAGUAAAGAUUACUUUAUGAUGGGGGAAGUAGAACUUGAAACAGGGAGCAGCUUUGGCCAGAUGUUUUCUUUUACUUAUGUCUCAUUAAAUUUAGUCUUUUACUUGUUUUAGAGUAAAAGUCAUCUCUGUGAUGUAAUUUGUCUGUAUGUGAAGGAAAGUUCUUUAUUUUUUGAAGUACAAAAGAUUUGCAUCUCAUCAGGAAGGAACAUUUUAGCUCUUUUAAUCAGUUUGGAUGCAAUACCUCUGCCUGGUUCUUCAAAAUCUCUGUGGAAAAUUUGUAGUUGUUUUGCAAUCACAAGAAAUUUAACGGGGGAAUAAUAUUAGACUUUAAAGCAAUAAAUUGGUGAUUUUUGCUACACUCUCUCCCAGUUUUGUCUAUGCACCAAUACUGUAGUUACUGUAGGUUAACUAUGUCUUGUAAAUUGUAAAAGAAUGUCACAGUGUGCUUUUGUAAACAAAUUGAACUACAGGAAUUCAAAUGUAAGCAUUAUAGAUUGUAAUGUCUGAUUAGGAUGAAGGGUAAAACUGUCAUUUAUUAA